UUUCCUCCCUUUUCCUGAGAGUUUGAGCUCGCGCUCUGCUCUUCCACAUUCCCACUUCUCCCUCUCACUCUUCCAGGUACACGCCCUUUGACUUGUCAGGGGGGAAAAGUUUUGAGAGAAAGAAAAAAAACCUAAAUCACGGAAGAGAUUCUGCUGUCCUACUAGUUUGGCAAGUUCUCUGGGCUCAAAGCAGCGUAGAAAGGCGGAGAAGAGGGCAGAAACUGAAAUUCGUGCACAUUUGUACACUUCUCUUGUCCCGCAGACAGUAAACGACAGAGGAGUCAUGGAAGCUGCCAUUCAGACGCUGGUGAAGGUCUUCCUGAAGUCGACCAAGGGAAAAGACAAUCUAGGAAAGAAAGAAUUCCAGGGCCUCGUCAAGGGCCAGCUCUCCAACAUCCUCUCGGACACAGACAGCAAGGAGGCAAUCAACAACAUGGGCCAAGGAUUGGAUGCCAACCAAGACGGCAAGGUCGGUUUUGAGGAGUACCUGAAGCUGGUUGGCUACCUGGCGUGCUCUCUCAGCGAGCAGCGUACCCUCGCUAAAGACGAACCAGCCCAAAAUUCUGCAUCGGGACAAGUGGCGCAAACCACCCCGGACAAAGCAGAGGAGAAGCCAGAAGCAAACGCAGAGCCAAAGGAGGAAGCUAAGCCAGAGGCGAAUGAAGAGCCGAAGACAGAGGCAACAGCUGACAUAAAGGUAGAAGCAAAGGCAGACGGAACGGUAGAAGUAAAAGUAGAGGCAAAGGCUGAGGGGGAGACCGAGCCUGAGGCAGCAAAGGAGGAGAGUCCAGCAGAAGCAGCAGCGGCAGCAACAGCAGUGGCAUCAGCAGUAGAGGCGACAGCAACAGCAGUGGAGGAGGCUGUGAAAGAAGAAGAGAAAGCGGAGGAAACAGAAAAGGUGGAAGAAGCAGUGGAGAAUUUGGCUGCAGCUGUGGAGGAAGCCGUGGAGAAGAAGAUAGAGGAGGCGACCUCAUAGGGGACAAUUUCUUUACCAAAAAUCACACCACACGCUUACACUCAACACCACACAUAGCACAGAAUUAAUGCCAAAAAAAAGUUGAAAAGCCACUAAAGAAUUUUUGUUCAAAUGCAAAAAAGUUUCCAUAAAAGUUCGAACACUACAGAACCAGCUUUGAAAGAGCCCAUUCCUUUUGUAUGAUUAAAUAUACAUGUAAAUGACAGUAGAAUUAUUGCUUUGUACUACCACUAAUGUUAAUUUGUACAGCAUGUCCAUUCCACUAUUUAGCACAUUUACCUCAAUAUGAUAUUCUACUAUGAUAGCAUGCAGACGUACACUAUCAUAUGCAUGCCAUGUCCCUGUGAAAUCUGUCUGCAAAAUAUGAUUUACGUGCACCAACACACUGACACACUUUGUAAACACACCACUGCAGCCAAGAAGUUUUGUAUGAUGCCCCUCCUUUCCCAUCUUUUGUUUUUUUAUCUGGGUCUCUUUUUCAACUCUGCUACGCUACUUAGCUUGACCUGGGUAAAACAUCAGCAGUGGACACCUUGCUAAGCAGCAGUGGCUUUAACACAUUAGUUUGACAUUUUGGGAAAAACAAUUUUUUGGUCAAGAGUUAGUGAAGACAUUCGACAAAACUCUUAUUAGCCAUCGAAUAACAGUCAGCAGUAGCUCAUUUUCCCCUGCGCCAUCAUUGAACAUAAAGUAACAGCUGGCGGGCAGUUGGCUUAGUUUGGAAUAAAGACUGGAACAAGCUGGCUCUGUCCUUUGCUAACAAAGCUGUUUCCAAGUCCUCCUUCUCCUAACAUGUUAUAUUUUUAAACUGAAUCGCCUACAAGCCAAAUCUACAAGAUUCCACCUCUCAGAUUAACCACGAUCAAGAGUAAGAUUUAGCUGCGAGCUGGAUAUAGCUUAUGUUCUAACACCCAGACAUGAGAGUGUUAUAAAUCAUGUCAUUUAUCAGCUUAGUAAAGCAAGUGGUUUCCUCUGUUUCAAAUGUUCAUGCUAGGCUGUGCUAAGCUUAAUAUCUGUGGCGCAGACAUGAUAGCAGUGUCAGUCUUCUCAUCUAACUCUCUGCAGGAAAUCUGGUUUGUUUUCCCCAAAUCUCACACUUUCCUCUAAGGGCUGCAUGAAACUUUAUCAAUAACACUACAUCUUUUUUUUACAUACUCAUCUUUGAAUUUGCAAUGCUAUGGAGCUGAUUUGGCAUGACAAUAAACACAUUGUUUUGCUGAAGCUUUGCAUUACUUUAGCUCAUCUUCAUUGAGUCCCAUCACAGCCUUUAUUCUCUCUCUCCUACCUACUUUAUGGGCUCUCUCUUUUUUCCCUAUUUCCCAAUAUUACACUACAUGAGGGUCCUGAAGUAUAUUUCCUACUCUCAUUGUCGUCCAGGGGAUUAGGAACUUGAAGAUCAGGUGUGGCACUUAUCUAAAUAAUUAAGUUUGAAGAAUGGAAUCCACACCAAAGGACCCCUACGGUCAAAAGGGACCUUAAAAUAGUCUAAUGGGAGUGGGCUGGUCACUAAAGGAGCGGGUCAGCAAAGGUGUACAUGAAACCGAAUCCACCUGGGUUAGAAGAGCGAGACAACAAAUACAAAGAUGCUAAGAAACCCAGGGGGAAACCCAGCUGCAGCAGCUUGGUAACAGUUUUAUUGCAAAUACUUGAAAAUACAAUAAGUACUUUAUUAUUCUGUAUGUGCCUCCAAAAUUAUACAACAUUUAUAGUCGGGUUCUAUUUAAGAUGAUGGUGCAGCUCUGGAUUAGGGGUUGCAGAUACCUGAUCUUUAUUUUGGUGGAUCUCAUCAAAUGUUGUUACUGUGUCUUGCUUCUGGGCCUUGCACCACUUGCUCAAGCCUGUGUUUGUUUGUCGGUCACACCCUUAUGUAGCUUAAAGACCCUGUUUGACCUGCAACUGGAUCCUUUAGUCCCAGCCAUUGGGAAACAACUGGAUUAGGCACUGGAUGGGUAACACACCCUGGGAGACAAACAAUUACAUGAAAGUAAUCCCGGGCUGGAGUGAUCCUGCCCAUCAGACAAGGUGGUAGUGUCAGAGAGGUCGUUGUGUUUUCAUUUUAGCAAAAAAGAAUACUGAGCCAUCAAUAUGAAUCUAUAUGGUGUGAACUUCUACAACAAAUGUAUACAUAAAAGGUUGCAUGCUAACAGAAAUGUACUUUCUAGUAUUACCAUUGUAUUGCAAUUAAAGAGGCUAGUAUUUAAGUUUGAAACAGCCUCUUCAUAUUUAAUUUUUUGAACUAACGCUUUCUUGUUUGGACCACUAUGGAGAUCACUUGAACAUGUACGUCUUUGUCACAUUAUAUGCAAUUUGUUAAUUACAAUUUAAUGAUUUGUAAAUUGUCUCGUCAUCAAUAAUGCAGCCAUGAGAAAAAGGCUCAUGUUGCAGCCCUACUAGGUUAUAGGUCUACCUGGCCAGGCUGCUUGGUGCUUAAGGCACCCACAUUGUUGUGGGCAAGUUACCAAAUGUGCACCUUCUGCACUGUAGCAGCACCUGGCACUUCAAACUGCUCAGCAGCAAAAUGGGCAAGACAAAUAAACCUGAGUCACGUGGCCCCCCUGCCUCACUGCGACACUCCCAUAGCAAAUACUCUCAUUUACACUCUGCCUUCAGUGCUCCUUGUUUGCUGCAUGCUUUUUUACUAACCCAUAUAUUGGGCAUUUUGGGCUUUUUACUCUGAAUUAUUACUUCUUUUAUACAAUCUUGUAGUCUUUUUAUAUCAAACAUUUCCUUACAAAGGUACUUUCUAUGAAUAAUGUAGACAUAUCACUCUUUUGCACCAUCUACAGCCAGACAUCUGUUUAACACGGGCCUCAGGCACUUGAAUCUUGUGUAUACUGGCAAGUUUCAUUCAUUAUUUGCUAUUCCCCGUAGGCUGGGCGUGUUUCGUGCAUCUUUGUGCUCUUUCUUUGCUUGCAAGCAAUCAUUAAGAGCAAAAGAAGUGUAAGAAGAAAGAACUGGAUAAAGCUUAAUUUACUUAACAUGCGUGACCUGCACCUCCUACAGAUUUAGAGAGAUCAGACCUGUCUGGAAAUUGUUAUAUUACACUAGUGCUUCCUUUUAACCUAUUUGGAAAGCAAAUGGAUUAAGCUUUGAAUUUUUUUUUUUUCAAUAGGUGAACUGUCUGCACAGUUUUGUAACGGUCCCAAAGUGUAAACCCCACCCAACUUUAACCCUGCGUAGAUUAAAAACAUGCUGGAACGAAACACAGCAGGGAGUGUUUGCAGCCGCACAAUACGUCUCAUUCUUUCUGUGACACAGUCAAUGAAGAUAAAAGUCUGUGUUGAUAAAUCCUUUUACAAUGUGGUUGAGAUAUUAAAUGUACAUACAAGUGUAUGGAUAGGCUUAAAGGCUCAAAUGUUUGUGAUUAUGGGACCAUUCCCAGGAUACUGUGCAGGCGUUCCUCAUAGUGGGUUGAUGUUCUCUUGUUUAUCUCCUGCCAAGUGCUACAGAAGAGGAUGUGUGUGUGUUAAACAGUUGGACUCACUGUCAGUCCACUAUGUCAAGUAAACUCCACAAUGCUAGUAUUUCAACUUCAUAUGUUAUGCUGUAUCAUUUUUGCUUAUUCUAACAUGUUUAAAGGCUAAUAAUGAAUAAAACUGUGACUAUUACUUAUUCUAA